CUCAUUCCGUCGAACACCUGUUGUGCGCGUGCUGCAGUACACGCACGCGCCUUCCUCUCCUUACCGCCGCAGUCGUCCCAUGCGCCGCUUCUGCCAUAUCCCUCGUGGCCGGCGGGCGGCCGCCGCAUCUCACAUCGAUCAGCCUCUUCCACCGCCGGAGUGGAUCGAGCCGUACGCCGACCUCUCGGACCCGAGCCCGUACGCCUCCGCCUCGGCCGCCCCGCCCACCCCGUCGCCGUGGCUCCCCCGCGUCGUCUCCCUCGUCCUCCGCUCCCCUCCCGCCACCCUCGCCGCCGACCUCCGCACCUUCUGCAAGACGUUCCUCCUACGACUCUCCCCUGCCUUCGUCGCCGCCGCGCUCCGCUCCCCGCAGCUCCUCGCGCAACCGCUUCCGUCUUUCCACUUCUUCCGCUCCCUCCCCAACAGCGCCGACCUCCUCUCCCACCCGCAGCAUCUCCUCAACUGCUACGUAUCCCUCCUCCACUCAUUCGGCCGCUCCAGGGAGGCCGCGCUCGACGCCGCCGGCCACGCGCGGCAGCUCGUGGCUGAGCUGCGCGCGCACGGGGACGCCGUCUUGCAGCACCUCACGCCGCCGUCCUCGGCGUCGCUGAUCCGCAGCCUCGCGGCCCUCGGCCUCUCCGAGGACCUUCUAUGGGCGUGGCAGGCCAUGCGCCUCGCGGGCGUCGAGCCGUCCAGGCUUACCUACAACUGCCUUCUGGAUGGCCUUGUCAACGCCGGCCUUCUUGACACCGCCAUCAACGUGUUCGACGCAAUGUCCACGGAAGAUCGAGUGCGUCCCGACGUGGUUUCCUACAACAUUCUCAUCAAGGGGUACUGCCGCGCGGGGAGGACGCAAGAUGCAAUGGCACGGCUCGCAAAUAUGCGGGAGCAGGCAGACCUGACACCGGACAAGGUGACAUACCUUACUCUCAUGCAGUGCCAUUACAGUGAGGGCACGUUUUCACAGUGCAUAGGGUUGUUCCAAGAAAUGGAAGAGAGAGGAAUGGGGAAGGAAAUACCUCAACAUGCUUAUGUGCUGGUGAUUGGCGUUCUCUGCAAGGAAGGGAAGCCAUUUGAGGGAAUGGCCGUCUUUGAGAGGAUGCUGAAGCGAGGUUGCCCGGCCAAUGCAGCCAUGUACACUGCGCUCAUUGACGCGAUGGGUAAAUUCGGGAGGGAGAAGGAGGCAUUGGGACUCUUUGAGAGGAUGAAGGCUAGCAGUAUUGAGCUCGAUGCAGUCACAUAUGGUGUGGUUGUGAACUGCUUGUGCCGGUUUGGGAAUAUGGAUGAGGCACUUGCAUGCUUCAGGAAUUGUGUAGAGAAGGGUGUUGCAGCGAAUGGCAUUUUCUAUACAAGCCUCAUUGAUGGCUUUGGAAAAGUUGGUUUGGUCAACCAAGCUCAGGAGCUCUUCGAGGAGAUGAUUGCUAAAGGUUUUGUGCCUGACUCUUAUUGCUACAAUGUGCUGAUAGAUGCAUUAGCCAAAGCUGGAAAAAUGGAUGAUGCUUGUGCCUUGUACAAGAGAAUGGAAGAUGAUGGCUGUGAUCAGACGGUCUACACAUUUACCAUACUCAUUGAUGGUUUGUUCAAGGAACACAAGAAUGAAGAGGCGUUAAAGUUUUGGGACACAAUGAUUGAUAAGGGAAUCACUCCCACAGCUGCGGCUUUCAGGGCCCUUGCAAACGGGCUCUGCCUUUCUGGCAAAUUUAGUCGGGCAUGCAGAAUAUUGGAUGAACUGGCUCCGAUGGGGGUGAUUCCUGAGACAGCACAUGAGGAUAUGAUCAAUGUGCUGUGUAAGACUGGCAGAUUCAAGCAGGCCUGCAAAUUGGCAGAUGGCAUUGUGCAGAAAGGCCGGGAGAUACCUGGGAGGGUCCGAACGAUGAUGAUCAAUGCACUAAGGAAAGCAGGAAAUACCGAUCUAGCUGUCAAACUAGUGCAUAGUAAGAUUGGUAUUGGGUAUGAAAGAUCUGGCAGCAUCAAGAGAAGAGUAAAGUUUCAGACCCUGUUUGAAUGAGUUGCCAAUGAAAAAACUGAGAAGAAUGCCAUGAGCUACACCGAGGUGUCAGGCUAUUGUUCAGCAGAAAACCUCCUCUCCUACAGGAUUCUUGAUGAAUUUUAUGGUAGCUCUCAGAAGAUCAGAAGCUACCAGCACUGCACACCAAUUUUGAACUGAUAACUUUUGUUGCUGCGUUUAUUAGGAUGCCUCCCUCUGAUUGCUGGAAGAAACAAACCAAGACCAAUUUCAUAGAUGGGACAACUGUAUACUAGUAAAUUAUAACACCGGAAUCUACUUGGAGCAAUGUUUGUAUUGUUAUUCCCUUUAAAACCAAAGUAAAAGGAAGUCAGACCAUCAGAGGAUUCACCAAGCAUGUGAAGACGAUGAACUUCGGUCAUCCUGCUUGGGCCUGCCCGCCACUGCUUAAGGAUCCGCUUGUGAGAAUUGAUUGAUGCAAGAGAUAACAAGAGCGGAGUUUGUGUUUUUUUUGGAGCCUUGGGAAAGUAAAAUAGUGUAUCUAAGAUGAACGCAAAUCAUCCAUUGCAUUAUUUAAUUGUACAUUUAUACAAGAUGAAGGAAUAUAAGUUGCUGUUGGGAGACACAAUAACCACAGAGGGCAGUUAGGCCUGUCCUAAUGCCCUAACAUAACUUAGGCCUAUCCCAAUGCCUCAAUAUAACUGGUUUCUUAGACAUUAGAUGUCUACAUAAAUAAAAAGUUAAUGUGAAACUAUUUAAAGAGGUGAAGUUUAUUUUCUUAUGAAAAAAAACUAGCUCUCUGAACAAUUUUAAAUGAUUGUAAAAUAAUAAAUUACUUUAGAAGACUUUAAGAAAUAAACAAUCCACAUACAUAUAUUAGAAGCUUAUUUAUUAAUCCUAAUUUCUUACUCUCUUGAGUGGCCUUAGGAAAUUGAUCAACGGUAACACCAUU